UGAUGCCCCAGAAUCACGACACCCUCGCAACCUCUAACGACGCUCGAGACGGCCCAAUGGGCGUCUCUGACUCUCCUGUUCACAACGCUCUGCCACUGACCGACGAGAUAUCCAGCACAGGCGAGCAAUCCGUUCCAUACAGCAUAUAUACGGCUAGAGAGAAGUGGAUUAUCGUGUUUUUGAUUGCAUUUGGUGGAUUAUUCAGUCCACUGUCCGCGAAUAUCUACUUCCCUGUCAUCCCGACCAUUGCCCUAGCAUUUCGCAAAACGACGGAGCUGAUUAAUCUCACGGUCCGCACGCGCUGAUCUGGUGCUGACGGAAUUAACACUGAGUAAAAGGUGACGAUGUACAUCAUCUUCCAAGGAUUGGCUCCUAUGUUUUGGGGCACGCUUGCAGACUCAUUUGGUCGAAGACCGAUAUUCAUCGCAUGUCUCGUCCUUCUCGCGGUAUCAUGUGUCGGCCUUGCGCUCGUUCCAACCAACGCGUAUUGGCUGCUGAUGGUCUUGCGUUGCGUUCAGGCUGCCGGAUCUGCAAGCACUAUUGCACUGGGCGCGGGCGUCAUUGGGGAUAUCUCCGAACCGGCAGAACGUGGGGGUUUCUUUGGCUUGUACAAUAUCGGACCCAUGGCUGGGCCAUCGUUGGGUCCGGUCAUUGGCGGGCUGCUAGCGGGGAGCUUGGGCUGGAGGUCCAUAUUCUGGUUUCUCGUGAUAACUUCCUCUGGAUGUGCCGUGGUUCUUCUCCUCCUACUCCCUGAAACUCUGCGUUCCAUAGUCGGAAACGGCAGUAUCCCCCCGUCGAAUCCCCUUUUCUCGCGCCCAGUCCUACCGCUGCUUGGUAGCCCAAAAUCUCGUCUAGACUCAGCCGGAAAGGCUUUAUCCCGGAAGCCAUUCGAAAACCCGCUGAAGAUUCUUUCCAAUCUUGACAUUCUGUUCCUGCUCCUGUUCACCGGUAUCAUCUGCGCCGUGUUCUACGGGGUGACUGCAUCGAUAUCGACCAUAUUCAAGGAGACUCAUACAGACUUGACGGAGACUCAGCUGGGGCUAUGCUAUCUCUCGAUCGGUGGAGGGAUGCUCAUCGGAUCAGUUACCGCCGGGAGGCUACUGGACUGGGACUAUCGGCGAGUCCAGAACGCAGAACUCGGUGACGUAGAAAAGCUAUCGAGGGAUAUGGACUCUUUCCCGGUUGAAAAGGCACGAAUGCGACUCAUGCCUGUGCUGUUGUGCGGUGUCAUCGUAUCUUGCGCAUGUUAUGGCUGGGUGAUCGAACGCAAAGUUCACAUAGCGGCACCGCUGAUUUUCGCUUUUGGAGUUGGGUUCUUUUUCAUGGCGAUCGCGAAUGGUACUCAGACGCUCAUCAUCGACCUUCUCCCCGGACAAGGAUCUUCAGUGACCGCUUGUAACAACCUGAUUCGAUGUUCUCUCAGUGCUGCAAUGGUUGCCGCGAUUGAACCCAUCAUCAAUUCCAUGGGCAUCGGAUGGGCUUACAUACUAUUAGCAGGCAUUUGUGCCGCAUCAGCACCCUUGAUAUACAUUGUAAGGAAGGUUGGUCCCCAGUGGAGGGUGAGGCGAAGGCAGUUAGCGCACUUUGAAUCCCUUUAGAUAAUCAUUCAAGCUUGGUCCUUUAGCAAUUAGGGGACGCCCAGCUUAAACCACGACCGAAUUACGAUUGAAAAACGUGAAAUCGCCGUGGAAUCUUCUCACAACGUGCUCGAGUGCCCAACGUGUGUUUCAAAUUGACAAUUGCGCAUCUUGAUCAGUUUCUCGCUGUAGCCGAGGAACGGCUUAGGGACAGUGCGUCUGGAUGCUUAGAGGCUAGGGUUGGGGUUAGCCCUAACGGCCACGAGAAAACCCAUCGGCCCAGUGGGUCCAUCGCGUCGAACGUUUUCGCUGGGAUCUACUGGCAGUCGAUGUUGAGAUUAUUCUCGUUAGGCCAGCCGCUUCGGCCGUUCUCCAAGCCAAUGGAGGCCUAGCUUCCGUCGUCAUCGUCAUCAUCGUCUUUGAGUUUUGGGGCUUGUCGUCUCAUGGUGCGUGGGAAACAAAUCGGCGCGAAUGGUCAACAGGCCAUACAUGCAGUCUGUUCGAGUCGGGACGCAUGAUGAGC